AUGGAAACCCUUUAUAUUGAUUCCUCAUUACUUCCAUAUUUCACUCUCAUGUAUAUUUCAAUAUAUCUUAUUGGCUACUCAACACUUUUUAAGAAAUGGGAUCCCAAGAAAAGGGUAGAUGCUUCAAGUUGCUUAAUCUCCUUAACUCAUGGUACCCCAGUAGUCUUCCUAUCAAUCUAUGCAAAUUUCCUACACCCAGAAAAACCCCACCAACACUUUGCUGCCCAAAACACACCAUUUCAAGCCUUUGUUCUUGACUUUAGCAUUGCAUACUUCUUCAUAGACACCACACAUUACUUAAUCUUUAUUCCCAAUGAUUACUUGUUCAUUGUCCACCAUUUAGCGGUUCUUUAUGUGUUCAUAACAUGCCGUUAUGUGGUCGGUUAUGGCGGUUAUGCCAUCCUCUUCCUCCUUGCACUGGCGGAGGUCACUAGCCUUUGUCAGAAUAUAUGGAGCUUUGCUAAGUGCCGGAAAGAUGAGGUGGCAGUGGCGGCAUGGUUGUAUAGUGGUUUAUCUCCUUAUUUUUAUGGGUUUUAUACGAUGGUUAGAGGGGUGUUAGGGCCGUUGCUUGUGUAUAAAAUGGUGGUGUUUUACUGGAAUGGUGGUGGCGAUGGUGUGGUUCCGAUGUGGGCUUGGGGUUCUUGGAUGGUUGUGAUUGUGAAUGCUAUUUUAAUUAGUGUGUUGUGGGUGUCUAAUCUUUGGGUUGAGUUGUUUCAAGAAAGAAGCAAAAUAAGGAAAUUAAGUUAA